GCGGAAAGGAUCGGACAGCGGUGCUUGUGCCCAGUUUGCAACCAGAGUGAAUGGACGGAAUGAUGCGUGCGUGAAGCUUUUCUUGCUUCACCGGGAACAUAUAGCUGGACGGGGAACGCAGGUGCCAAAAUGCCACAGACAGUUUGAGAUGCAAAAUUAAUUGGGUGUCCGGACACACAUCUCACGACUGGAGAUGCAUUACGUCAUAACCCACCGUCGCCCUAGAUGACCGUGCGCGUAGAAAGGCAGGGGAUGCGGGGCUGGUGUAGAACGGAUUCCGCUGCAACUCGCGGGCGUCCGGUGCCGGUGGAGGUGGAGUGGGAGCCGCCGUCGUGCGGCCGCUGGGUCUGAUGGCUCCACGCGCCCCGGGAGAGACAGAGACACAGUCACCGCGGCAAGAGAGGGACAGGUAUUUGGGAAGUGACGCAUCCGCCACUUUCUGGGAAGAAGAACGGUGUGUGUUUUGGAUAGGAAAGGGAACAUGGCCGCGCAGUCCGACGGAAGCACAGGGGUUAUAUGUGGGUUUGCGCAGCUCUAUGAAGGGGACGCGGAAGAGCCUUUGGACUCGGCAGCAAUUCACAUUUGCCAAUGCUGCCGAACCUCUUCCUGCUACUGGGGCUGUCGCUCCGCGUGUUUGGGGUCCCUGCUCGGAGGUAGCCCGCCGGGGGUUGGGGGGCCCGGGGUCAGGGAGACGCACUGUCCGCCUCACGAGCGCCUGUGGCUGGACUGCCUGUGGAUUAUCCUCGCUCUGGUGGUGUUCUUCUGGGACGUUGGCACAGACUUGUUUCUCGCGGCGGACUAUUAUUCGAGACAGGACUAUCUGUGGUUCGGUCUUACACUGUUCUUCGUGCUCGUGCCGUCUGUGCUGGUCCAGAUUUUGAGUUUCAGAUGGUUUGUUCAGGAUUACACGGGGGGAGGACUCGGGGCGGUUGAGGGGCUAACAAAACGAGGGUCUGCAGGACUGGCUACGGUCUAUCCCGGGAGAGACCGGGUCAAGCUGGCAUCGGUGUGGCUGUGGCAGGCCACCAUACACAUAUUGCAGCUGGGGCAGGUGUGGAGGUACAUCCGGACACUGUACCUGGGGAUCCAGUCCCGGAGGCAGCGGCAGCACCAGCGGCGCUGGUACUGGGCCAUGAUGUUCGAGUACGCAGACGUGAACAUGCUGCGUCUGCUGGAGACCUUCCUGGAGAGCGCCCCUCAGCUGGUGCUGCAGCUGUGCAUCAUGAUACAGGAGAACAAGGCAGAGACGCUGCAGUGUGUGUCAUCUCUGGGCUCCCUGCUGUCUCUGGCCUGGGUGCUGGCCUCCUACCACAAGCUCCUGCGUGACUCCAGGGACGACCAGCGCAGCAUGAGCUACCGGGGCGCCCUCCUCCACCUGUGCUGGCGCCUCUUCACCAUCUCCUCCCGCGUGCUCUCCCUCGCCCUCUUCGCCUCGCUCUUCCACCUCUACUUCGGCAUCUUCGUGGUGCUGCACUGGUGCGCCAUGGCCUUCUGGGUGAUCCACGGGGGCACAGACUUCUGCAUGUCCAAGUGGGAGGAGGUGCUGUUCAACAUGGUGGUGGGCGUGGUGUACGUCUUCUGCUGGUUCAACGUGAAGGAAGGGAGGACGCGCUACAGGAUGGUGGUGUACUACUCGGUGGUGCUGGCUGAGAACACCAUCCUGACCGGCCUGUGGUAUGCAUACAGGGACCCUGCGGCGACAGAUUCCUACGCCGUCCAGGCGCUGUGCGGCGUUUACCUGACCUUCGCAGGGGGUGUGGCCGUCAUGCUCAUCUACUACGGCUUCCUCCACCCCGCCCACGCCCACAUCCACCCCAGCCCCGCCUCCUCCUGCUGCGCCCAGCUGCUCUGGGGGCUGCCCCUGCCCCCCUCCGCGCCCCCCUCCGCCCCCCCCACCCCGGCUCACCUGGCCAAGUCCCAGACUGAGGACAACGUGGCGGAAACCUGCCUCCCGGUGUUCCAGGUGCGCUCCUCACCCCCCGCCUCCAGGCCCGAAGGGCCCCUCAUCAAGAUAGACAUGCCCAGGAAGCGCUAUCCGGCCUGGGAUGCCCACUACGUGGACAGGCGCCUGAGGAGGACCAUCAACAUCCUGCAGUACAUUACCCCCGCAGCAGUGGGCAUUCGUUACAGAGACGGGCCCCUGCUCUAUGAACUACUGCAGUACGAGUCCUCCCUCUGACACAAACACACACGUGGAACACAUACACUGACACAUACUCACUUGUGUAACACAUACACUGACACAUACUCAUACUCAUAACACACACACACACACUUGUGUAACACAUACAAUGACACACACACACACACAUACAAACCCAUACUCACUCUGACCUCUGACCUCACUCUGGCCAUGACUCAGCGUGCUUCUACAAAGAGAUGUCUUCAAUCUCUCCUUUUCUCUUUUUAAAUCUAUUUAUCUCUCCCUGAUCUUCCUCAUCUUAAUUUCUUUCCGCACUCCCCUGUGAAAAAAAUGGAGUGUGAGUUUCCUCCCAGUGAGGACAGCAUGUCAUUGCUUACACCUCACCUUAUUCACCAGUUUAGAUCACUACAAAAAAGAUUACAUUUAAGAAAAAAUCUAUUUGAUACAAACGUUAGGUGGAACACUGUCUCUAGUUUAGCCGAGUGGGAGUGUAUAUAUUUUCUAUGUACAGAUGAUGUUUUUGUACUUGUGUGUUGUGACUGGACUGGGUUGUGUCUGUAGUAGAGUCUCUGUUGUUUUGUUUGUCUGUUUGGGAGGUUGACCAAUCACAGCUGCGUAUGCUGGGACCAUCUGGUUUCUCACGUUUUCAUGUGGCUGCAAAUGUUGGUGAUGGAAAGAAAGAAAGAGAUAUCAGGGCAUAGAGAAGUACGAAUGGAAAAAAGAGAAAAUGGAGUCAAAGAGAAUGUAGACAGAAAGUCACACAGUGGUCCCCCUGCUUGCUGUAGGUGGUAAUGCAAGUUCACAAAGUUGCUCCACUCAAUGGGUUUGUUGCAGGAACGAAUCCUCUCAAUACAGUAGAAUCAAGGCUGUACUUUAUUUCAAAGCAGUUGUUCUCAAGUUCCAAGUGAAGCACAAUUCUCCUUCUGCUGUAGUGAGGUCAUAUGUUAGAUACUGUCAGAGGAUCCACUGAGAAAGCACAGAGACACAGGGACAGGAUUGAACAGUUACUGUAAGUAGUAUAAGACCAUCCAAUUCAAAUACGUUCCCAUGGUCUAAUGUGUGUGUGUAGGUGUGUGUGUUUGUAUUUGUGUGAAUGUGUGUGUGUGUGUAUUGGAGAGAUAUUCUCCCACAAGUCCCUGCUGUGACUAGACAGAAUUCGGGGAGUUUUAGUUAGCUAUCUAUCAUACGCGAGAAGUAGCACAAUUUAUUUGCUGGAAUAAAUUUGGUCUAAUCAGUGCCAAGUUUAGAGUAACACUCGCAAUGCAUGAUUCCCCUGGAGAGGGGAGAAUCAUUAUGUUAGGUGAACAAAACAGAUGCGAUGCAGUAUGACUAACACAUCAGUUUUUAACAUACUGUCACCUCUACUCUGAGUUUAGGUAUUCACUAUUAUUGUUAUUUGUAUUCUUAUUUGCUUCGAUCUGACCAAUUGUGUUCCAGUAUAGUCCUAUAGGCUUCCCCCGCAAACCCUGAAUCCUCCCACCCCCGUUCCUUCUCACCAAUCAAAGAAGCAAUUUCGCCAAGAACCAAUCAAAUGGAGAUCACACCUCCCACACACUCCCACACACACACAAACACACACACACACACACACACACACACACACACAGACACACAAACAGUGACAGUAGAUUCAUGGGUAUCCCAUUAGUUUGGUGGGAAACAGAAGAUACUUCACAAAUAGUGAACUUCCAAUGGUGCAAAAACACACUACAGGCCCACACAAACGGGUCAGUAGUCAACAUACUUGGAAUUCAUAUGGUGCAAUAAGAACAACUUGCCUCUGGUCUUUAGAUCUCUAUGGUGCAGCCUGGGUGCUGCCUGCUGUACUGACAGACUCAGUCUCACAGAGCUCCACCCAGGUGUUUGGACAGGCUGCUUGUUCUGCUCGCAGACUGGAAGCUAUGCAAGUCCAAAACAGGGGGACAUGCUAACAGACACUAAAUGCACAUACACACCUUAAUAGUAUACUAGUGACACACACACACACAAGUAGCUCGCACACAAAAGAAGCACACACAGAGAUGAAGCGUGCGCAAACAAGAAGCACACACAUACAAGGCACACUCAAGCAUAAAUUAGACCUAGAAGACACUGUAGUGUUCUCCCCGGAGACAGGACAGGCCAGUCUUCAUCAGAGCUCACCCAUGCUGUCUAUUCUUCACCUUCCUGAAUUUGGGAACAAUAUUCACAUGGUGCUAUGGGCGGGCGUUUAAGAAAGAUGGUUUUUAGGAUUGUGUUGAAAAUUGUGGUUAUUUGACAUGUAUACUGCCAAAUAUGCACCAUGCUGACGGUUCUUCUGAACAAAAGGAACAUCCAAACUGUUAUGGAAUUUUGGAAUAUUAUGCUUCAAAGCACGGUCUGAGUUGAGCUCAAACGGUGUUGCUUUACAGUUAUGUAAUGAUCUGUGUGUGUAUGUAUGUACUGUAUGUAUGUUUGUAUGUAUGUAUGUACUGUAUGUAUGUAUGUACGUGUUUGUGUGUGUAUUAUACAUACUAUUAGCAUGUGGGAAGGUGUGAAAAGAUAAAUGUUAAUGUUAAAAUCAAAUAUGUAGAACUACAUUUAAUGAGGGUGUAUUGAAAUAAAUGUACAAUAUUAACUCGGACCCCUAACCCUUGACCCCUUACCCCUUCACCUCAAGGUGCUCCAGCCAGUCCAAGCAGAGGCCAGAAUACUGUCUCAACGCCAUGCAAGGCUACAGUCACACUGUAUUGACCCCUUCAGUAUACUGUAAACACAAUAUUGUACAGCUAUGAAUUCACAACUAUGCAAGCGCAGUAGAAUUAGUGCUGAGGAGUUGGUCAGUGCUGGACCUGGAUGGAUCUGCCAAACUGUUUGCCGCCUCACAUUUGUUCUUUUUCUGUUGUUCUCAAGAGCACACAGUGUGAAGUACAAAAUAACGGAAAAUUGCAAUUGAUAUUCCUGCCAGGAUUUUGUUUGGUUUGACCUCUUUGUUAGUUAUAUUUUUCAACUGUACAUUUUGUUUUCUAAAUUGUUUUGCUCACUGUGACAUUUUAUUUUGUACGAUAUUUUGGUUUGUUUGUUAUAUGUCAUCAAUCUUUUUCAUAUAGAUAUAGAUGUACAUAUUUGUUCCGCUUUUUCCCGUCUGUGUGGCCUGCUGUCCUGUGUCAUGGUGGUGUUAAGCAGGCAGCAGCAGAAGGCCCUAGAGAGAGCUCCGCUUUGCUCAGACAAACACCCAUCUGGGUGGAUGAAAAUAGGAUUUGAUUCUGAAUGUUAAAAUCCUUCGUUCACGUUUAUGUUUUUGUUUCUUUAUAGUAUCUGGAAUGUUUAAAUAUCAGGGUUUGUUGACGAAUGUGAAUCUUGCAGCACUGAAGGGUGUGUGUGUGUGUGUGUGUGUGGGUGUGUGCGUGUGUGAGAAAUCACACACGGAGAAACAGUAAACGUAAUUGUUUAGCCAAAGUUUCAAGCGCUUGGUCCUGAGGCUUGGCGGUGUUGUUGCAGGUUACCAGAUAUUAUCUAGUUUUGUAGAUCUGGAGGCAAAUCGCCCCACUCUGUGGACAAAGCUGUCGAAUUGAUCAGUCACUAUAAGCACAGUACAGGGUCAAACUAACCCCAUAUGGAUGUAUUUUAGGCGUAUUAUAAUAUACAUAAAAAGCUAUGUUUUUAUUUUGUCAAGAAUAAUAUUUUUUUUCUACUAUUGAUGUGUUUGCUGUUUCAUGAUUCCACUGCUUGAAAAAGUAGCUUUAGACAUUUUGAUGUGAAAUGUAACUUAUUUUGUCUUUUCUUGUGAUUGGCAUUUGGGCUGUGAAUACCUUUUCUGGUAGUCUUGUUCUGUUGAUUCACUUAGAUGGGUUUGCUUAGGUGGGAUCUCUCUGAUAUAAUAAAUAAAUGUUCCUAUAUUCUUCAGAAUGUUAUAACAGAAUAAGAUUACUGUUCGGAGAAUGUGUUUCGUAGAAGUCUGUGCCAUUGUGAUGUCCAUGAUUAUAAGCACACUGGUAUUUAGCACAUACAACUGCUCAAAUAUGCUUUCACAACGCCAGGGAAGUUAGCCAGACAAUAUAACUGACCCAUAGUAAAAACUACAUCCAGUGUGACUGCAGUGGAGUGAAUGUAGUAAAGGACACAUUGUACAUUAAACAUUGACAACGUAUAACAUAUUAUAGAAUCAUGAUAUAACAUUGCAUAACAAAUUCCCAAGAGGGACAAGUUAUCUUGCUAAUGAGUUUUAAAUUAUUUGGCUAACUUCCCAUGAUGCAGUUAAUUGAAACCAUGAUGACUCAUCGGCCGAAUCCUCACUCAUUCCAUUGUAGUGUUGGCUUUGACCUUCUGACCCGGUUCAAAUUCUUGAAACAUGAAACUCUCCUUUUUUCCACUUUAAAAAAAUCCCUGAGCUGCCAAGGCUGGAUGGGACAAGGCUGUGCAGUUUCCUCCUGUCCAAUCAUGUGACCUCAGACAGGUAACCUCCAGGAGGGAGGGAGGAAAGGGGCAAGUCAAAAGAGGCCUCAAUCUCUCUCUCUCUCUUUGUGUAACUUCGUGGUUUGGAAUCUGAUCCUCCAUUCCCAUUGGACAAUUCUGAAUGUACCAGACGCACCAGAACCAAUUGGGGAGGAGUGACACUCUUUGCAUCCUACGUUUGUCUGUCCUGUGUGUAUCCAAGUACAAGACCAGGCCUCUGGAGAGUGUGACGAGAUGAUAAAAUCACACCUGAUGCCAAUUUUGGGAGAUGUGCUAUUUUUGUUGUUUACCUCCUGAAAAAGACUAUUUAUCUGUGACAGUAAACAAAAAUACCAGAGAAUACAGAUAUUACAACAGAGAUUCUUAUUUAUUAUAUAUAUUAACAGAUAUUAUAAAACAUGUACAGUUUAAUCUGUUUAAAAGACACAAAUGUGAGUAUUAAUUUCAAUUUUAUAUAUUUCCAUUUUAAUACAUUGUAACGUGGUAACCAAGAUGAAAAUAUAUAUUAAAAAAACAAUAUAAACAAUUUUACAACACGUUUACGAAGUGAUUUUCUUCAGCCUGUGUUAUAGGAUGUAUUGUAUUAGUACUGUACUAUUAUUAUUAUAUGUAUAUUAGGAUGAAAUGAUGAAGGCUGUAUCCUUACUAAGGAUGUGAGAACUGACCUUGUCAAAAAAUAACCACAUGACAUAAAAACAAGCCUGAAGUCUA